CAUGUACAUCCUUGGUGUGUGCCUGCUGAUUGAGCUCACCGGGGGAGUCGUGGCGCUCGUCUUCAGAAACCAGACCAUCGACUUCCUCAACGACAACAUCAGGAGAGGCAUCGAGAACUACUACGACGACCUGGACUUCAAGAACAUAAUGGACUUCGUUCAGAAGAAGUUUAAGUGCUGCGGCGGGGAGGAUUUCCAGGACUGGUCGCAGAACGCGUAUCACAGCUGUGCCGCGCCGGGGCCGCUCGCCUGUGGGGUGCCCUAUAGCUGCUGCAUCAGGAAUAAGACCGACAUUAUCAACACCAUGUGCGGGUACAAAACGCUCGACAAGGAGCGUCUGAGCGUCCAGCACGUGAUCCACGUGCGCGGCUGCACCAACGCCGUGCUCAUCUGGCUCCUGGACAACUACAGCAUCAUGGCCGGCGUCCUCCUCGGCAUCCUCCUGCCGCAGUUCCUGGGCGUGCUGCUGUCACUGCUCUACGUGAGCCGCGUGGAGGACAUCAUCGCCGAGCACAAGCUCAUGGAGAGGCUCUUCGAUGGGCCCAGCGCCGCCGCCGAGCGCGCCGCCCCCGGCUGCUGCAUGUGCUACCCGGGCUGACAACGGCUGGAAAAACCCUGCGGAAAACCCAAUCCGGAAGGAACUGUCCCCAAACGCGGGGGCUUCUGCAACACCGUGUCCGGCGGUGCCACCGGCACCGGUGCUGGUUGUGUCACCCCGACAGCUGGGGACGCUGCUGCCCUCCCCGGCAUCCCCGCUGCCGCCCGGUGCGCCGCCCGSUCCGUAACAAAGUGCUUUUCAUUUCAAAUCUUAAUUUCUUACCGCUUGCGAGCUCGCAGAGAGAUUGUUUUCUUCCUGAUCUCGGUGGGUAAAUAUGAAAUGUGGGUUGAAUAACAUUUUUUUAAUGCUAAUCUCGGGCGAUUUGCUGGUGGAAACGGACGUAACGCUGAGCGCUGCUCGGUCUCKUGUGCCUUUGAAUGCUGGGGCCGAUGCUGGGAUCGAAUCAGUUGGGUAACACUUUGGUACGUUUGUAAUGCAGUUUAUUGCCACGUGGCUUUUGUACCAGAGUGGUGGGAUUUGUGUGUCUUCUGUGGGUUGUGUUUUACCUCUGGAGUGAAUUAAUUGCCCAGUUUCCUGGGGGGGCGAAUCCUGCGUGGGGGUCCUUCCAAACGUGAUUGUUUGCGUCCAAAUAAAAGAAUGAUAUUUUUUAAAAAAACAGAGA